AUGGCAGCUUCAAACAAUCCAUGGACCAUCAUUGUCGGAGCUGGGCCUUCCGGUCUCCUACUAGGUCUGAUGUUGGCAAAGAAAGGCGUCACUGUACACAUCCUAGAGGCGGCUGCGGAGUUAGAUGAUUCUCCCCGUGCGGCAUACUAUGGUCCUCCAGCUGCGUAUGAGUUAAGACGUGCUGGAGUCAUCGACGACGUUCGAAAGGAAGGAUUUGACCCGGUAAAGACUUGUUGGAGAAAACUCGACGGCACCUAUCUUGCCGGCUUCGACAACAGACUUAUGCAUGAUGAUCCAAAUCGACUGGCAUGUCUACCCCUGGCCCAGCUCGAUCGUCUGCUUUAUAGGCAUGCCAUAGCCCAACCCACCGUCAAAGUGAGCUUUAGGCACAAAGUUGUGGACGUUGGCCAGGAUGCCGACAAGGCGUGGGUGGAUGCUGAAACACCGGAUGGUAAGAAACGGAUGGUGGCCACUUACAUUGUUGGGUGUGAUGGGGCUUCCAGCACGGUCAGAAGACGACUGUAUGGAGAGAGGGAUUUCCCUGGCUAUACCUGGGACAAACAAAUCGUGGCGACGAAUGUCGCUUAUCCCUUUGAGAAAUUUGGCUAUGAUGAUACCAAUUUUUUCAUUCACCCCGAGCAUUGGCAUAUGGUUGCUCGACUCACCAAAAAUGCUGACGGCAGCGGUUGGUGGAGAGUGAGCUAUGGUGAGAUUUCUGGCCUCACUCGAGAAGAGUUGAUUGCACGACAACCGAUGAAAUACGAAGCUAUGCUGCCCGGACAUCCCAAACCGGGCGAGUACAAUCUUGCCGCCAUCAGCCCUUACAAAAUCCAUCAACGAUUGGUGGACAGCAUGAGAGUUGGAAGAUUCUUGCUCGCCGCAGAUGCAGCUCACAUUUGCAAUCCCUUCGGAGGCCUAGGUUUGACAGGCGGUCUCGUCGACAUUGGAGGUCUAUACGAUUGCAUGAUCGGUGUAUACGAAGGCAAAGCAGAUGAGAGCAUUCUCGACAAGUACUCAGAAAUGCGACGACAGAGAUAUCAAACCGUUACCGACCCCAUUUCUUCGGAUAACAUUCGGCGAUUGUACGGUCAAGAUCCAGACAAGGCUUUGGAAAACGACGAAUUUUUGAAAAUGCUCAAGAGCAUUGAGGGCGAUCUGGAGGCGCAGCGUGAAUUCAUGCGAUCACCCAAUGCUCUUCAAUAUGAUUUCACCCAGCAUUAUAAACCCAAUGUCACAAAGGCAGCUCCGGAGAGUGCUGUGAAAAAUGAAGUCGCUUCGCAUGUGGAGUGGGUCGCUGCGGUAGGGUUGAACUGA